GUCCCCCGCAGUCCCCUCCCCUCAGCCGCGCCCGCCGGAACCCGCCGGCCCGGCCGCUGGAGGGAGCUGAAGUAACACCCCCGACCGCCGCCCGGUCCAGAACCCCGACGCCGGAGUGUCGGGCCCCGGAGGCGCCCCAGAUCCCCUCCUCCGCCCUCUCUUCUGGUUCCCCUCCCUCCUCCCUUCCCGCUCUUCCUUCCCGGGGCUGCCAGCCCGCCCCUUCGCCCCGCCCAGUGUCUGCGGGAAAAGGAAACCGAAAGUGCGCGGCUCCGGGCGGGGCAGGGGACCUGCUGGGCCAGAGCCUGACCGCCCGCCGGCGCGGGAGAGCACCUCGGAGCCGAUAACUGCAGUAACUUAAACGUGGAGGAAUUCAAGUGACUCUGACAUGGAGGAUAGAAGACCUUGUCCAGAAGUCAGGCCCAGAAAUCCCCACCCCAACCACAGAGGACCACUGGAUGGAGAAUUACCAGGAAGAGCUGGAAAUCAGGAUAGUAACCCACCAAGCAAUGCUUUCAGAGCAGCCAACCAGCCUGGAAGGCACCCUAGGGCCAACAACCACCCGAAUCUUUGCCGACAAAGGGAAGAGAGGUUUGCAGCCAUGGGCAGGAACCCACAUCAGGGAAGGCGGAACCAUGAGGGGCAGGCUAAUGAUGAACCUAGAGGCCAAAGGCGUGGUCAGGAGAACGACACCAGGAGGAGAAAUGGAAACCAGGAGGGCAGGAACCGCAGACCGCCAUGGUCUGAUGAAAACUUCCAGCAGUGGCGUGUCCCCCACCAGAAGCCUGCAGAACAGCCACAGCAGGUGAAGAAACUGGGCUACAAGUUCUUAGAAAGUCUUUUGCAGAAAGAUGCUUCUGAGGUGGCCAUCACACUGGCCACAAGUUCAGGGCUGCAGGAACUCCUGUCUCAUUCUUACAUGAAAUCCAACUUCAUUGAGCUCAUCUGUCAGGUUCUUCGGAAGGCGUGCAGUUCCAAAAUGGACCGCCAGAGUGUUCUCCACGUUCUGGGCAUAUUGAAAAACUCCCAGUUUCUCAAAGUCUGCCUGCCAACGUACGUGGUAGGGAUGACCACAGAACCUAUCUAUGACAUUCGAAAUCAGUAUCCAGAACAUAUCAGCAACAUCAUCUCCCUUCUUCAGGAUCUCAUAAGUGUCUUCCCUGCCAGCUCUGUGCAGGAAACGUCCAUGCUCAUUUCCCUCCUGCCAGCUUCUCUUAAUGCUUUGAGAGCCUCUGGUGUUGACAUAGAAGAGGAGACGGAGAAGAACCUGGAAAAAGUACAGACCAUCAUUAAGCACCUGCAGAAAAAGAAGCGAGAGGGCACUUUAAGAGCAGACACCUACACUCUAGUGCAGCCUGAGGCGGAAGACGAUGUUGCGUACCGGACCAUGCCCAUUUACCCUACCUACAAUGAAGUGCAUUUGAAUGAGAGACCAUUCCUUCGUCCCAACAUCACUUCCGGAAAGUAUGAUAGCACUGCUAUCUAUUUGGACACUCACUUUCGACUUCUGAGAGAAGAUUUUGUCAGACCCCUAAGAGAAGGCAUUUUGGAACUUCUCCAAAGCUUUGAAGACCAAGGCCUGAGAAAGAGAAAAUUUGAUGACAUCAGAAUCUACUUUGAUACCAGAAUUAUCACUCCAGUAUGCUCGUCAUCAGGCAUUGUCUACAAGGUACAGUUUGACCCAAAACCACUGAAGUAUGUUCGCUGGCAGAAUUCCAAGCGAUUACUCUAUGGGUCUUUAGUGUGCAUGUCCAAAGACAACUUUGAGACGUUUCUUUUUGCCACUGUGUCUAACCGAGAGCAGGAAGAUCUCUGCAAAGGAUUUGUCCAGCUCUGCUUCAAUGAGCUGCUAGCAGAUGUCCAGCCUUCUGACUCUUUCCUUAUGGUAGAAACAACUGCAUACUUUGAGGCCUAUAGGCAUGUCUUGGAAGGACUCCAGGAGAUCAAGGAGGAAGAUGUCCCCUUCCAGAGGAACAUUGUGGAAUGUGACUCUUAUGUGAAAGAGCCUAUAUAUUUGAUAAGGGAGGGCAGGUAUGAUUUUACUUCACUAAUAAAGAAUCCCUCAGCCACUGGGGAAUCUCUAAGGGAUGCUAAUGGCUUGAGAUAUUCCAGAGUUAAUGUCUUAGACCCCAGCCAGUGGCCCUCAAAAGAAGUCCUGGAGCUAGAUGAUUCACAGAUGCAAGCCUUACAGUUUGCUCUCACCAGGGAAUUGGCUAUUAUUCAAGGACCUCCUGGAACAGGCAAAACCUACGUGGGUCUAAAAAUUGUUCAAGCCCUUUUAACCAAUAAGUCUGUUUGGCAAAUUGACAACCAGCGGUUCCCCAUCUUGGUUGUGUGUUACACUAAUCAUGCUUUGGACCAGUUUUUGGAAGGCAUCUACAAGUGUCAAAACACAAGCAUUGUGCGGGUGGGUGGAAGGAGCAACAGUGAAAUCCUGAGGCAGUUCACCCUGAGAGAACUGAGAAAUAAGCGGGAAUUCCACCGUGACCUUCCCAUGCACCUCCGAAGGGCCUACAUGAAUAUCAUGACAGAGAUGAAGGCAUUAGAGCAAGACCUGCGUAAAGGGGCCCAGACCUUGGAGUGCACUAUGAGUGGUGUGCUCCGGGAGCAGCACCUCGAGAAGUAUAUCUCCCCUCAGCACUGGAGAAGUCUGAUGAAUGGACCCAUGCAGGACAGUGAUUGGCUUUACCUCCAGGACAAGAAGCAUUCCAUGGUACUGGAGUGGCUGGGUAUGGGUGUCAGUUCUUUUACACAAAGUGUUGCUCCAACAAGAGCAGAAAAUACUGCCCAGGCAGAAGGGGAGGAGGAGGAAGAAGAAGGAGAAGAGGAAGAUUCCUUGAUUGAGAUCGCAGAGGAGGCUGACCUGAUUCAAGCAGACCGGAUGAUUGAGGAGGAGGAGGUCGUGAGACCCCGGCGGCAGAAAAAGGAAGAGAACAGGGAAGUCCAGGAGUUAGCCAAAUCGCUGCUGGCCAUGAGUAUAGAUAAUGCUGGUGUUGGGUCAGCAGCUGGGCAGGCGCAAGCCACAGGAGAAUGGGAGACCCAGCGCAAGCAGAAAAGGAAAAUGAAGAGGAAAGUGAAGGCUGAACUUCACAAACUGGACACGAUGUCUGAGGCUGAGGCCAAUGAAAUCCAAGACGUUUGGCAGCUAGACCUGAAAUCUCGCUGGCAACUUUAUAGACUGUGGCUGCAGAGCUACCAAGCCGAUACCCGCCGGAAAAUCCUCAACUCUGAGCGCCAGUACCACACAUCAGCAGAGAAAAUGGCUGAAGUGAGACGCCACGAAGACCUUCACAUCCUGAAAGGUGCCGUGGUCAUCGGGAUGACAACCACAGGUGCUGCCAAAUACCGCCAAAUCCUGCAGGAGGUGGCACCUCGGAUCGUCAUCGUGGAGGAGGCUGCCGAAGUCCUUGAGGCUCACACCAUUGCCACACUGAGCAAAGCCUGCCAGCACCUCAUUCUCAUUGGGGACCACCAGCAGCUGUGCCCCAGUGCCAACGUGUAUGAUCUGGCUAAGAACUUCAACCUUGAAGUGUCCCUCUUUGAACGGCUGGUGAAAGUAAACAUCCCCUUUGUCCGUCUGAAUUACCAGCACCGCAUGCGCCCUGAAAUUGCCCGGCUGUUGGUCCCCCAUAUUUACCAGGGUCUGGAGAAUCAUCCCUCUGUUCUCAAAUAUGAGACAAUUAAGGGUGUCGCUUCCAACCUUUUCUUUGUAGAACAUAACUUACCUGAACAGGAAAUCCAAGAAGGCAAAAGCCACCAGAACCAGCAUGAGGCUCACUUCGUGGUCGAGCUAUGCAAGUACUUCCUGUGUCAGGAAUACCUGCCCUCCCAGAUCACCAUCCUCACCACCUACACUGGGCAGCUCUUCUGCCUGCGCAAACUCAUGCCUUCUGAGACGUUUGCUGGUGUCAGGGUCCACGUCGUGGACAAAUACCAAGGGGAGGAGAAUGACAUCAUUAUCCUCUCUCUGGUUCGGAGCAACCAGGAAGGCAAGGUGGGCUUUCUGCAGAUAGCCAAUCGCAUCUGCGUGGCCUUGUCCCGUGCCAAGAAGGGGAUGUACUGCAUUGGGAACAUGCAGAUGCUGGCCAAGGUGCCCUUGUGGAGCAAGGUCAUCCAUACCCUUCGAGAGAAUAACCAAAUCGGCCACGCGCUCCAGCUGUGCUGCCAGAACCACCCUGAGACCCACACCUUGGUGUCCAGAGCUUCCGACUUCCAAAAGGUACCCGAGGGAGGCUGCAGCCUGCCCUGUGAGUUCCGGCUGAGCUGUGGGCAUGUCUGCACCCGGGCCUGCCACCCCUAUGACUCCUUGCACCAGGAGUUCCAGUGCAUGAAGCCAUGCCAGAAAGUCAUCUGCCAGGAUGGACACCGCUGUCCCGCUCUCUGCUUCCAGGAGUGUGAGCCUUGUCAGGUGAAAGUGCCCAAAAUCAUUCUUCGGUGUGGCCAUGAACAGAUGGUUCCUUGUUCCGUUCCCGAGUCACAGUUCUGCUGCCAAGAGCCUUGCCCAAAGGUCCUGAAAUGCGGGCACAAGUGCAGUCACUUGUGUGGCGAGGACUGUGUGCGCGUGUGUUCAGUAAUGGUCACCAAGAAACUCAAGUGUGGGCACAGCCAACAGGUGAAGUGCGGGAAUGUGGAGGACAUCAAGCACGGCCUGCCGGUCAAGUGCACCACCAAGUGUGACGCCGUCCUGGACUGUGGGCAUCCUUGUCCUGGCUCCUGCCACAGCUGCUUCGAGGGGCGCUUCCAUGAGCGCUGUCAGAAGCCCUGCAAGCGCUUGCUCAUCUGCUCACACAAGUGCCAGGAGCCAUGCACCGGGGAGUGCCCCCCCUGCCAGCGGACCUGUCAGAACCGCUGUGUCCACAGCCAGUGCAAGAAGAAGUGUGGGGAGCUAUGCAGCCCUUGCGUCGAACCCUGCGUCUGGCGCUGCCAGCACUAUCAGUGCACCAAACUCUGCUUUGAGCCCUGCGACCGACCCCCAUGCUAUGUGCCUUGUACCAAGCUGUUGGCUUGUGGCCACCCUUGCAUUGGUUUGUGUGGCGAGCCGUGUCCCAAUAAGUGCCGUAUCUGCCACCAGGAUGAAGUCACCCAGAUCUUCUUUGGCUUUGAGGAUGAGCCUGAUGCCCGCUUUGUGCAGCUGGAAGACUGCAGCCACAUCUUUGAGGUACAAGCCCUGGACCGCUACAUGAACGAGCAAAAGGAUGAUGAAGUUGCCAUCAAGUUGAAGGUGUGCCCUAUCUGCCAGGUACCCAUCCGCAAAAACUUGAGAUAUGGAACCAGCAUCAAACAGCGCCUAGAAGAGAUUGAAAUUGUCAAAGUAAAGAUCCAGGGCUCAGCAAGGGAAGUUGCAACCAGCCGGGAGCAACUCCAAGCCCUACUGGCGAAGAAAGACCUCCUCCAUCAGCUGUGUCCUAAAGACUUCCUGAUGCUGGAGGAGAAGCUGACCCUGGAAAACCUGUCCGUGAAGGAACUGGGCCUUAUUGAGAAUUACAUCAGUUUCUGUGACCACUUGGCUGGCCUGUGGGACUCCCUGAAGAAGUCCCACGCCUCAGACCAAGUGAGAGUGAGGAUGCGACUAGAACAGGUGCACACAUGGCUAGCCAAGAAGCGAUUGAGCUUCACCAGCCAAGAACUGAGUGACCUCCAAAGUGAAAUCCAGAGGCUCACAUACCUGGUGAACCUCCUCGUCCGCUGCAGGAUAGCAGAGUGGAAAGUGAAAGACAGCGUACAGGAAGAAGUCGACAGUGUCCGGAAGAUCCUCGAGAAAACAUGUAAGUUCACCCAGGAGGAUGAACAGCUUGUGCAAAGAAAGAUGGAAGCUCUGAAAGCCAUUCUUCCUUGCUCCGGCCUGGGCAUCUCAGAGGAAGAGCGCGUGCAGAUUGUCAGCGCCAUGGGUUACCCUCGCGGCCACUGGUUCAAAUGCCCCAACGGCCACAUCUAUGCGAUCAGCCAGUGUGGAGGAGCCGUAGUGAGGAGCACCUGUCCUGACUGUAAGGAGGUGAUUGGCGGUGUAAAUCACACUCUGGAAACAAGCAACCAGCUUGCUUCUGAGAUGGAUGGCGCCCAGCACGCAGCCUGGUCUGACACAGCCAACAACAUGAUGAACUUUGAGGAGCUUCGGAGGAUGAUGUAGGAAGAUGACGCCCCACUGCCUUUUUUCCCAGCCACCGUAUGGCCCAAGUUGGCUCCCUUAGAAAGGAACCAAAAUUUGUUUUAUACUAUUGUCCUUUAGUCUUAGCACCUCUUCAAGGAUCCACUUUUAGGGCUUGCCCACCUUGUCUCUAGGUUUACCCCUGCGCUAGAGUAAGCACUUUACUUCCAGGACUGAGAGCAAAUCUAACACAUUUCUCCUCUUUUAACUCCUGCAAGUUGGUGGACAAGCUGCCUGGAGCAUACUUGGGGCUUCCACCAAGGCCUUCCUGACAGUGUCUCUGGGGCCUGACUCAGCCAGGUGCUGUGUCUUUGCAGAGCUCUAGGGCUAGUUUGAGCCCAGAGAAGCAGACUUAACACUGAUUGCAGGGGCGUAACUUGCAGGCUUCCAUUCUAAUAACAAGAGGCCCACAAUUGCUUAUAAACUGUUUAUCCUCUCAAGGAGCACAAGAGGCCUCCUGCCUGCCUUCUCGGGCACCCUACGGGAUGCGGAGGCAGCGUGUGAUAAGACUUCACUGACUAACCUGACCCAGUUACAUAGCCACUGAGUGGGUCAGUCAGCGAGUGGCACCCGCAGCGGCCGGCCCAGGCUGAGUGACCCCUGUUCCCUUUCCUCUGACUUGCACUUGGGGAUGGUGAUUUCUUUGCCUGCCGUAGAAAAGAUUCCAUAGCAGUGCUGGUUCCUAGGGGUCAGGAUGAAAUUAAACUCACAUUUGGUACCAGCACCUACCCAAAGUGUGGCCCUUUGUCCCAAAAGCUACUGCAGCUUUUGUCUGGGCAGGGUUAGCAUGCCAGCAGCUUCUGCAGGCCCCACUCCCACGCCAGAAGCCUGCCGCCAGGUCCACCGUCUGCAUACAUGUUCCCCAGAACAGACAUGUAGGCAUCUCAGGUCUUUCUAAUGUUGGCAAGAAAAAUGUCCCUUUCCUAUGUAUGCAUUUCCUUUUUUGUCUUUACUAUGCACUUUAGCCUAUAAAGCCAAUUAAUAAAAACAAUGAUU